AUGCGUCGAAAUCAUUUAAGUUUAAUUUUACCAGAUAAAAAAUAUCAUUCAACGACAUCAUUAAGUUCAACACAUUCAUAUCAUUUAGUUCAAAGUGCUGAAAUAAGUUCAACAGUAAAUGAAAGUUUUUAUGAAGAUUAUUGUAAAUUAUCUAAACGACGAAAAUCUAGUGUUCAUCAAUAUGCUCAAGUUGUUUUUAUUGAAUAUUCAUCGAAUUCAAAUCGUUCAACUGAACAAUUUAUUCGUGCUGGAAAUUGUUUAACAACAGUUGCAAGUUUAAAUAAUUUCAAUGAAAAUCAAAUUUAUACAAAUGGUGAAACAUUAAUUCAUUUAUCAUCACGUCUUGGUCAUGAACAUAUUUUACGAAGAUUAAUUCAAGAAACUCCAUAUGCAACACGAUUAACAAAUGGAAAAGGACAAACACCAUUAUUAUGUGCUAUACAAUCAUCUUAUUCAUCAACAGCUAUUUUUCUUAUGGAUUUUGAUCCAUUAACAAUAACUGUUUCAGAUAAGAAAAAAAAUUCGAUUUUUCAUUAUUCAGCUUAUUUAUCAAAUGAUAUUGUUUUAUCAAAAGCGAUUAUUUUAAUAAAACGUUUAAAUAGUCAACAUUUAAGAACACAAGCAUUAUCACGUUUAAUUGAAGAAAAUAUUGAUGGUAAAACAGCAUUUUUAAUUUCAAUUGAAAAAGGAAGUAUUCGAUGUAAUAGAUUAUUUUUAUCAACAAAAAUUGUUGAUCUUUCAUUAUUUUUAAAUAAACAAUCAGUUCGUUGUGCAAUUGAUAAUAAUCGUAUUGAUAUAAUGACAUAUUGGUUAUUAGAUAAUCAAAGAUUUGAAAUGUUAUUAUCAAUAAAUGUGGAUGAGAAGAAUAAUUAUAAUUUAUUUGAAUAUUCAAUUGAAAAUGAAAAAAUUGAUUUUAUUUAUUUAUUUCUUAAACAAGAAUUUUCUCUUGAAAAUUUACAUUUAAAAAUUCAAUAUAAAAAAUUUUUAAAUAAUUUUAAUAAAAUUGAUCAAUUAACACCAAUUCAACGUCUUUUAAAUCGAAAUAAUAUGAUUUAUUUAAUUCCAUAUCUUCUUGAUCAAUUUUUAUAUGAUAAUUAUUCAAUUGAUUUAUCAAUAAUUGAUGAUUGUUUAAAUAAUUGUCCCAAAUCUCAUCGUUGUUUAUUUGGACAUACAAAUAAUAAUAAUUGGUCAAAACAAAAUUGGUUAAAACAACAUCCAUUAAGAAAAAUUGCAAAAAUCUCACAUAAAUCUCUUGAUGAUCAUUUAAUAAUUCGUCUUUGUGUUGAUUUAAAAUAUCAAUUAUUUGGUAAUAUUCUUUAUUUAUUUGUUAUUAUUGGUCAAUUUUUAUAUGUUAUUUUAUAUACAAUUGUUAUUAUUUUCUCAUCAACAAUUUCAAUUGAAAAUUUUAAUUAUUAUUCAUAUUUAGAUAAUACAUGUAAUGAAUUAUGUUUUAAAUUAAUUAAUAAUAAAACAAAUCAUAAAUUUAUUUAUGAUAAAUCAACAUUAAGAAUUUUUCGAACAAUUUUAUUAAUAAUUUCAUUUUUAAAUUUAAUAAAAGAAGCAUUUCAAUUAAUAACACAAAAAAAUAAAUAUUUUCAAAAAUUUUUUAUAAAUUUACUUGAAAUUCAUAUGUAUAUUAGUGGAAUUAUUUAUGGAAUUGAUUUAAAUGAAUGUACACGUCAAACAGGUAUUCGUUGUUAUAGACAAUGGCAAAUAGGUGCUAUUGGUCUUCUUUCCGUUUGGACAUCCCUCUUACUUGUUUUAAUGAAAGGAAUUAAAUGUGGUAAACAUGGACUUUUAUUUAUUACGGUUUUAUUAACAUUUCUUAAAUUUAUAUUUUAUUAUAUAUUUAUUUGGAUUGGAUUUUAUCUUGCUUUUUAUAUUUUAUUAAAAGAUAUUUUUCCUCAAUUUAAUUCAUUAUAUUUAAUAGCCAAACUUUUAGUUAUGUUUAGUGGUGAAUUUGAUCUGGAUGAAACAUUUUUUCCAAAUAAUGUUUUAAUCAAAGGUAGUGAAGGUGCUCUUUUUGUUUAUUCAGCAUUUAUAUUUACAAUGUUUAUUGUUAUGUCAAAUAUAAUGGGUGGACUUGCUGUUGCUGAUGUUAAAGAAUUUCGUUUAAAUGCCAAACGAGAACAUUUACGUUCACGAAUUGAAACAAUUUUACAACUCCAAACAAAUUUAGGAUUUCUUUGUGAAAUUAGUUCGAAAAUUCUUUUAAAAUGUUUUCAUAAAUAUCAUUUUUUAAGAUUUUUAUUUAAAUAUGAUAUGUCACAAUUAGAAAUAAUUAAUGAAAAUUAUUCUCAUGUUGGAAUUUUAACACAAACUGGUUUAUUAAAAUCAUCAAAUUUAAAUAAAAAACAAAAAAUCAAUGGAAAAUCUUUUAUUGAUAAAACAAAUUUAAUUCUUAAGAAACAAAAUGAAUUAAAAGAAUAUUUUGAAGAAUCAAUAUUUAUUACAAAUAAUCAAUUAAGAAAAUUAAAUAUACAAUUAAAAUCCGAUAUUGAAGAACUUAAAAGACAUUUAGAUCAACAUUUAGAUAUUAAAUAA